AAUUUCGUUGUUAUAAUAAAAAAGAGUAAGUGGCAUAGCUGUCAAGUUAGUUGGAUAUAUUUUUCAGAAGCUGGACAGUAAACUGUGAAAAUGGCAGUGAAUCCAGAUAUACAGAAGGAAAGACAGUCGGCUACCUUCGACACUGAAAAGCUAACAGAAGUAGUGUAUGGUGGCAAGAAAAUGGUUAGACGUCGGAGAUAUUUACAAAAUAUCAUAUUCGAAGACAAGUACUUGAACUCAUUCUCGCCAUGGUGGAAUCGAACUCGUGUCGAAGAGUAUGAUACAUCUAUUAAGAAAAAUGCUUACUUGUACAAACUCAUGCAGGAUCUCAACAUUACCGACAUUAUAGAACAGGCUUACAUCAACGAGGCAGGCUCAGGGCAUGAGGGUAACCCGCUGAGUGUACAUCGGGGUAUGUUUAUACCUACAAUCGAGAAACUGGGAACCAGAGAACAAGUCGAAAAGUAUGUAGAACCUGCCAAGCAGUACAAGAUUAUAGGAACCUAUGCUCAGACAGAAAUGGGUCACGGAACAUUUAUUCGUGGGUUAGAAACAACAGCUACAUAUGACCCAAAGACGGAGGAGUUCGUCGUAAACAGUCCAACCGUGUCGUCUAUUAAAUACUGGCCAGCUGCAUUGGGAAAUACAUGUAACCACGUUGUACUAAUGGCUCAGUUAUACAGCAAGGGAAAGUGUCACGGCAUUCACGCAUUUAUCUUGCAGAUAAGGAGUAUGGAGGACAAUAGGACAUUACCAGGAGUGUCUGCUGGAGACAUUGGAAACAAGUUGGGAUUCAAUGCGCAGGACAAUGGAUAUCUCAAAUUUGACAAUGUUCGGAUUCCGAGAGAAAGUUUACUGUCCAGAUAUGCCAAGGUUGAGAGAGAUGGUACAUAUAUAGCACCAGAGACCCCUAGAUUGGCUUAUGGCACAAUGGUUCUAGUUCGUGCAUUAAUUGUUGGACAGUGUGCAAAGUCGCUGGCUCAAGCCUGUGUGAUAACAACAAGAUACAGUGCUGUCCGGCGACAGACUGAAAUAAGACCAGGUGGCGAGGAGCCCCAAGUGAUAGACUAUCAGACACAACAAGAGAAAAUAGUCCCCUUGUUGGCUGCAGCGUAUGCGUUUAUCUUCAGCGGAAAUAUGAUGGUAAAGGAAUACAUGAGAAUAAAUGCAGAUAUGGAGAAGGGAAUCCUGGAUGAGAUGGCUGCGCUUCAUGGUCUAUCUUCUGGCUUAAAAGCAUUUUCCGCAGAGGUCACAAGUAACGGUAUAGACAAUUCUAAGUGUGGGGACGGGUUUUACUGCCAGGGGGAUCCCAAAAUCUGGAGGGACAUCCCCCGCAUGUACAUACGAAGGGGAAAACACUGUCAUGAUCUCCAGUGUGAAGGGGAUGGUCGAAAAAAAUUUAGCGAUGUCCCGAAACCAUGGAAAAGGCUACUGAAGCUGAUAUUAUGUAACAGGUAUCUAGUCAAACAGUAUGCCCAGGCAGCCAGAGGACAGAAACUUGUAGGGUUUAUGUCCUACCUCAACAAUCCAGUUAAGCAGAGAAGUGCACUAAAUGCUGCUCUCAACAUGUCAGACCUGAUUGAGGCGUAUGAACACGCAGCUGCAAGAUUAAUCAAGGUUGCAGCUUCCAGACUACAGGCAUUGGUAAAAGGAGGCCUGCCUAUAGAGGAGGCUAGAAAUAAAUGUGGAGUGCCAUUGGUCACAGCUGCAAAGGCUCAUUGCCAAUCGUACGUGGUGAAACUGUUUAGUGGUGUAGUGAACAGACCCGACCUUGACCCUCCUGUUGCACGAGUUCUCGAGACCUUAUGCAAGCUUUAUGCUGUCAGCGGAAUCAACGAGAGACUAGGAGAGUUUAUACAGGAUGGUUUCUUGGAUGGUCAACAAGCUGAUAUGAUCCUGAACAAAACACUUUCAUUGCUUGCUGAAAUCCGACCAAACGCUGUUGCCCUCGUGGACGCUUUUGACUAUUCCGACAAAAUCUUGCAAAGCUGUAUCGGACGUUACGAUGGCAAAGUAUACGAAGCCCUGUAUGAAUAUGCCAAAACUUCACCGCUCAACAAAGAAGAGGUACAUGAUACAUACACUACUACUCUAAAACCAUUGAUGGAAGGCAAACUCAAGUUUGAUUCGCCGUCUGCUAGGUUGUAGGGAAAAGAACAUUUGAAGAUCCUUAGAGCUACUUUUUUUGUUGGGAGAUUUUUUGUGUGUGUUUUGAGUCAAAAAUAUAUUUUUAAAGAACUGUGCCAUGGAGAAGUUUUAGUUUUAGAUCUAUAUGAAUGCUUACUGAACAAGUUACGUCAUGAAUUGCUAUGUCGUGAAUUGUUGCUUCUAUGAACCAUUCCUUUACAAAAAAAGAGUGCGUUCAUACAUUUACGGUUUCCGUUGUGAUGAACUUUAUCUAUGUUAUUACUAGACAGAUUUAUUUAUCAUCAUCACCUGCAUCACAAGACAUCAGGGUGUAUUUAUUAUACCGUAAGCUGAAAUAAGUAUGCCUUGAGAAUGACUGGCAUACGUCAUUAUGUUGAACUAAAUAUACGCCUAUAUAUGCCUAUCCUAAAAAUGAACAUACAUGCAGGCUACAAUGUUUCUUUGAAUAUCAGUCAAAUGUUUAAAUGUUCGCCUUAUAAUAAGAUAUUUCAUAUGUAUAUCCCUAAGUGAUUUCAAUAAAAUACAAGUUGAUUUAACAACAAUUAGAACA